AUGUACCACCUCCAGGUUGUAACAGGGUUACCUGGUGGGUGGUGGGGUUACCUGGUGGCUGGUGGGGUUACCUGGUGGGCGGUGGGGUUACCUGGUGGGCGGUGGGGUUACCUGGUGGGCGGUGGGGUUACCUGGUGGGCGGUGGGGUUACCUGGUGGGCGGUGGGGUUACCUGGUGGGCGGUGGGGUUACCUGGUGGGCGGUGGGGUUACCUGGUGGGCGGUGGGGUUACCUGGUGGGCGGUGGGGUUACCUGGUGGGCAGUGGGGUUACCUGGUGGGCGGUGGGGUUACCUGGUGGGCGGUGGGGUUACCUGGUGGGUGGUGGGGUUGCCUGGUGGGCGGUGGGGUUACCUGGUGGGCGGUGGGGUUACUUGGUGGGCGGUGGGGUUACCUGGUGGGCGGUGGGGUUACCUGGUGGGCGCAGGGGUUACCUGGUGGGCGCAGGGGUUACCUGGUGGGCGGUGGGGUUACCUGGUGGGCGGUGGGGUUACCUGGUGGGCGGUGGGGUUACCUGGUGGGCGGUGGGGUUACCUGGUGGGCGGUGGGGUUACCUGGUGGGCGGUGGGGUUACCUGGUGGGCGGUGGGGUUACCUGGUGGGCGGUGGGGUUACCUGGUGGGCGGUGGGGUUACCAAGUGGGAGGUGCAUCAUCACGGGGGAUGGCACCUUCCCCAUAUUCACCUCCCCCUCGUCCAGCCCCUCCGGCGGGUAG